UCUUUUUUCUUUUUACUGUUAGAGAGGUUAGUAAUUGUAUGGAUUGUGCUGGUUUUUGGGGUUUCGUUUUGAGGGGAAAUACGUAGCUUCAAACAAAGCAAUUUACGGUUACAAGUAUAGCACCUUACUGUUUGAAAACGGAACAAAUUUUGGUUACAAAAGAGGUGAACCUCCUUGUUGGGGUGGGAAAGAGUGAGAUAAAGUGCAGUGAGAGCACCAGUUAAGUUGGCUCAAUGGGUAGGAUCCAAUAUCACAAAAAGUUGUUGGGUUUGUCUCCAGUUGCAGACUGGAUAUUCAUUGGAAGGUUAUUUGACACUUUAAGAUAUUUUGGUGGAUGGAAGCAUCGAAAAAUUGGGAAAAAAAGGUUAAUUACCGAGGCAUAUAAAGUUCAAGUUGAUAGUGAGUUUUGGUAGAAGACCAUUUGGAGGAGCACAAAGUCUUGCGUAGAUGUUGCUGCUUUGUUAGUAUUGAAUUGUGCGACAAAUACAUUUGGAACUAUCAUGGCUCUUAAUCCAAGAGUUACUAAGGCCUUCGAUGCUAUGGGGGCCUUAGGAAUUUCUUGUGAAGAGGUGAAGCCAGUGUUGAAAAAUUUGUUAAAAGUGUACAAUGGAAAGUGGGAACUUAUUGAAGAAGACAAUUAUCGGACACUAAUAGACUCAUAUUUUGAGUUGAAGGAAGAUAAGCUAGUGGAAAGUAAGAGAAAAGCUCCAAUAACUUGUCAUGAUGAAGAAAGACCGACACACAAACUGCACUUGGUAGAUGGAGGUGACCAGGUUUCAUCAAAAGACUGCUCAAGACAAGCAUUGUCUGUAGAAGACAACGCAGUACCUCGGAAGACUAUUAAACAGAAAAUCAGUAAACCAUCUCAAACUUCCAUGGGAGAUAUGAAGCCCAAAACCAGUUCACAAGCAUUGCAGACAAGGUUGGGUGAGGUAGAAAUGAUCUCAAAUUUACCUUGCAUGGCUGUUACCAAUAGAAAAUUGUAUCCUAAGAAAGCUUCAUCUGCCGUGCACUGUGAAAACCCAAUUGAUGGACCUAGCUCUUCUCAUGUCCAGAGGAGAAAUUUGUCAAGUGAUCAUUAUCAGGAGGUUGUGACACCAAAAAUUAAGAAACCUAAGUUACUUCUUGGACCUAAUUCAACCAGUUACAGAGGCCCUUCUCAUGCUUCAAAUGGAAAUCUUUGUGUCAAAUCUCUUCAUCAGGAUAUGCACAAGAAAGAUAAUAACCCAGCAUGCAAUAAUAACACCCGAACCUAUAAGGAUGGUAUUAAUAUUGCUUCUUCGCCUUUUGGAGAAGUUAAAAUUUCAUUAAACUGUGAUGCUGCCUUGGGACAACCAAACUUCCAUAUUCCUAAUUUGGAUUCUGUUAUGAGGUCCAUGGAUGAGAAAUACCUGAGUUCUUGCAACACUGUUGAGUCCCAACUUUCUAUGGUGAAGUUAUUAGAUGAUUUAUGUGAAAGUUAUUUGAAGAUGGGCUUGAAUUUAAAUCGAAAUGGAUCAAAUCUUGUGUAUGCCAAUUCACACAACACGGCAUGUCUACCACAACAAUUUACUGAAGAUGAAAAGAAUUCCUUUCAUUUUCUCAGUGACAUAACAAAGGGUUCAGAAAAUGUUAAAAUAUCAUUAUUAUAUGAAAUUGGAAGUGAGGACUUGCCAAAGUUUAAUUACAUACCAUAUAAUAUAAUAUAUCAAAGUGCUAAUGUAAAUAUUUCACUUGCUCGGAUUGCGGAUGAGGGUUGCUGUUCUGAUUGUUCAGGCAACUGUCUUUCGUUAUCAUUUCCUUGUGCAUGUGCUCAAGAAACUGGUGGAGAAUUUGCUUACACUCCACAAGGUUUGUUGAAAGAAGAAUUUUUAACAAUUUGUAUGUCUAUGAAAAAUGAUCCAAAAGACGAACAUUUUGUGUAUUGCCAAGAAUGCCCACUGGAGAGGUCUAAGAAUGGGAUCGUGCUUGAACCUUGCAAGGGGCAUCUGGUUAGGAAGUUUAUAAAGGAAUGCUGGAGGAAAUGUGGAUGUGACAUGCAGUGUGGAAACCGGGUAGUGCAACGAGGUUUAAGAUGUAAAUUGCAGCUAUUCUUGACUCGAGAAGGAAAGGGCUGGGGCCUUAGAACACUAGAAGAUUUGCCCAAGGGAUGCUUUGUAUGUGAAUAUGCUGGGGAAAUAUUAACCAAUACAGAAUUAUAUGAAAGGACUAUGCAGAAUAGUGGCAAUGACAGACAUACAUAUCCUGUAACCCUUGAUGCAGACUGGGGCUCAGAAGGGGUGUUAAAGGAUGAGGAGGCACUAUGCUUAGACGCAACAUAUAAUGGAAAUGUUGCAAGGUUUAUCAAUCAUAGAUGCAUUGACGCAAAUCUGAUAGACAUUCCUGUUGAAGUGGAGACUCCUGAUCGCCACUAUUAUCAUCUUGCCCUCUUUACCAACAGAGAAGUUAAAGCAUAUGAGGAGUUGACAUGGGAUUAUGGUAUUGACUUUGAUGAUCAUGACCAUCCUAUUAAAGCAUUUCAAUGUUGUUGUGGAAGUGGCUUGUGCCGUGAUAAGAAACAAAAAGGAACUAGAUCAAUGAAAACUAAAAAACUCAAGGUUAAGGAGACACAUGCAUCCAGGAGUAGAAGUUGAUAUUUUGAUUGCUUUUUAUUUUAUUUUUUCACCCAUCGGUUAUUUGCAUAGAGUAGGCAAUCAAUAUUGGGAAAAGUUCAUAAACUCCCCUGUAAUUUACUCUUUUAUCAUUUAUACCCCUAUGUUUUUUUUUAUCAAUUAUUUCCUGUGUUUUUUUUCAUCCAAG